UUCCCCGCUCUCGUUGAACUCCACACCCACCACUCUCCGUCCACUCUCCGCGCAUUAUCAGCCUCGUCCCUCACCUGUGGAGUACAAGUAACUGCACCCUUCUCCCGCUGCCCCAACACUCCCUUCCCCAGUGAGAGCUCCGAGAAGAGAGAGAGAGAGAGAGAGAGAGAGAGAGGGAGGGAGACAGAGAGAGCCCUAGGGAGCGCCCUGAGGAGAGAGAGAGUGCGCUCGAAGGAGAUGGAGGGGUUAUUUAUCCGAUCCGUGGCGGCGGUGGCGCUCUCCGCCGCGAUCGCGGCGAGGGCGUACAAGCGCCUCUCCCUGGACCUCUCCGGGGCGAUUCUAGGGUUCUUGGUGAUGGCGAUCCACAUCGCAGCUGGGUACAGGUUCGGAGCGCUGCUUCUCGUGUUCUUUUUCACGUCCUCGAAGCUCACGAAGAUUGGCCAGGAGAAGAAGCGGUUACUUGAGGAGGAUUUCAAGGAAGGGGGGCAGCGUAACUGGGUGCAAGUUCUGGCUAAUAGCGCAAUCGCGACUGUAUUGGUAGUUGUAGUCUCGGCAAUGACCAGGGGACAUGGUAUGUGCUUGGACACAAAAAAGUCAGAUGUUGUCACUGCUCUUAUUGGUGGUAUUAUUGGGCACUAUGCCUGCUGCAAUGGAGACACUUGGUCCUCAGAAAUUGGAAUACUUAGCAAGGCACAGCCACUGCUUGUUACAAAUUUCAAGAUUGUGCGAAGGGGUACAAAUGGUGCGGUCACUUUGGAUGGGCUUUUGGCAGCUGCAGCAGCUGGAUUUGUUGUUGGCCUUAGUUACGUCGUUACCGCAUUGCUGACAGCUGAAUGUGCUUCUGAUGUAGCUUGGAGGCAGUUGCUUGUUAUACCCAUUGCUACAGCUGCUGGUCUUCUUGGGAGUCUGAUUGAUUCAUUUCUGGGUGCGACGCUUCAGUUCAGUGGAUAUUGCAAUGUCCGGAAGAAGGUGGUGAGUAAACGUGGGCCAACAGUGAGCAGGAUUUCAGGAAUGAGCAUACUUGACAACAACGCCGUGAAUGCAGUUUCAGUUCUUUUGACGACAGUUCUUACGGCCUUCGCAUGCUUGUACAUCUUCUAGUUGACCUACACAGGCAACAAGUGCUUGCCCAUCGAUACUAUGUACCAUCGCGGACCAUGGUUCUCGUUAGCAACACAAUCUGCAGUUACAUAUCAAUUGUACGCUUGUUGGCUUUCUUUGAUAUACUGCUAUUUUUUGGCUUCCUUUAUUGGGAACUUUUCUGGAUCCGCACUCCAUUUCUUUCUAGGAAGUGCAAAUUAAGCCCUCCACAAAGGGCUAUUUACAGUGCCAGGAAAAGGAGAUCUUCGUGUACUGGCUUAGUUGAACGUAGUGAUUUUUGUUGCUACGAGAUGUUUUUGUUGUACAACAUUGCCUGCGCAAUCUAAAAAGAGUCUCUUUUGAAAAUAGGGCCUUGAUAAUGCUGGUUUCACUUUUGUUUGCCUCCUCUCGUGAUUUCCAAGUAGUUUUACUUCAAGACUAACAAAGUUGCGCACCAAAACUAGGCUGUUUACUUUUACAGGGAAAGAUACAUGCUUCCCUCAAGGGAUUCCAAAAUUUUGAC